CAGUCCCCUCCAACGACAAACCAUGACGAAGGACGCCGUGUGCUACAUGUGCUGGAGCUCGACGUCGCCGUCCGAGCUCAUCGCCCCGUGCGCGUGCACAAGCUACGUCCACCGCGACUGCCUCGAGCGAUGGCGCGCCACGUCGUCGACUGCCGACGCCCCGACGCACUGCCCCACAUGCCGCAUGCGCUAUGUGCUCGACGGCCCGCCAGCGCUACUUCUAUGGGUCCUCGGCCAUGGCCGCCUUUACAUUGCAGUGGCUGUCCUGCUCGUCUUGGGCCUUCAGGCGCUGCUUCUGUGGCAGCUCGACGUGUACGCCGGGCAUCCCCUUGCCGCAGACGCCAGUGGCGCCAAAGCGACGCUCGUGUACGUUGGCGCCAGUGCGGGCUUGCUGCUCGUUCUCUGCGGUGCGAUCUUGGUCCGCGCAGCUCAAUCGCACUUGAUCUGGGAGCGUCAUCCGGACCAGUCGCUCCUCGACGCACUUUUGCAGCACGUCAUUUUGCUCGUUCUGGUCGUGGGUGGCGUCGGGUGCUUUCUCAUCUACCUCGUGGGCUCGGGCCAAGUCGACAUCCUCGCACCACUCAAAGCGCGCGUGCUCGCCCACUGCGACCAACGCAUUCGCAACCUGCGACCGCUUCGAUACAACUAAAUGCACCAGACUACUAUUUAGCGCAAAUUAUCUCUCCAAAUGCAAAUUUCCUCAUCCUACCACCA